AUGGGCGGAAGCGUAUCGCCCGGCCGCUCGCCGCAGAAGAGCCGCGAGGGCGCCGGUGAUGUUGCGGACGAUGCUGGCGGGCUUCCGGUCUCGUCACAUUUGCAUCCGCAGCAUCACGAGUGGAAGCUGGCUGCCGGGCGAGCAAGGCGACGGUUCUCCGCCGAGAUGGCCAAGCGACGGCGGGUGCUGUCGGGCGGCAAAGUGGCCGACAAGUCGCGAGACAAGGUGUACGCCACGCUUGAUGCAGCGAUGUCGGUCCAGACAGGGAAGAUCUCGCUCCGCAGCCACGGGCUGGCCAAGCUCGAGCCGAGCCUCAUUGUGUUCAUCAAGCACGCCGAGGAUCUCAACCUCGCGUCAAACAUGCUGACCGAGCUUCCGGUCGCCUUUGGUGAGCUCUCGUUUCUCACGCGACUCAACCUCAACCACAACGCACUGCGGUCGCUGCCGGACGUCUUUGACAAGCUCCCGUCGCUAGAGUGGCUCUACUGCCGUGGCAAUGCAUUGGAGACGCUGCCGCCAUCGAUGGCGUAUCUGACUCGGCUUCGCGGCCUCCAGCUCGGGGCUAAUAGAUUCCGCAAGCUUCCCCCGUGGACGGUUGCGCUCAAGAGCCUCAUCACGCUCGACAUAUCGUUCAACACCCUGGAGGCCAUUCCGCUCGAGCUCGGAUCGCUGCACAAACUCAAGGAGCUUUCGCUGCUUGGUAACCCACUCAAGGCUGCGUCCGACAUUAUGCUUGCGCAGACUGGCGACAUCGGCGCGAUUGUGGCAGCUAUGCGCGAGCUUGCGGCCGACGACGACGCAGAACCCCCCGCACGGUCGGCCGUGGGUGGGACGACUGAAGGCUCAGCCGUGCCUCCGCCAGCGCCCGAACUGGUACCGACGCCGUCGCCAUCGCCGACCAAGUCACGGACCCGGCGACGGGUCAAGACCGUCAGGCGAGUCGGAACCGAGUCCAAGGCUGUGCAAGUCAACUUGGUCGACCUACCGCCACUUGCGGUGCGCGAUUGUAAUGGGAACGAGGCGAGCUGUGAGGGCACCGCGACGUCGACCGCACAGGCGGCAGCGGAGAUCAACACUGUGCUCCGCGAGCAGCUUGCCGCCAUGACGACUCAGAUCGAAGCUCUGGUGCUCGAUGAGACAGGCGAUAUUGGUCCGGCGAUUCGGUACCACUCGGCAGCGCUGAGCGAGGAGAUGCAACUCCUGGAGCUACAUCCCAAAGCCGGCGACACGGCGACCCACCAGCUGCGGGCCCAGGUCCGUGACCUGACGUCGAGCCUGGCAGAGGCGCGGGCGCGGGGUCGGACAACCGGCCGCAUCGCUGCCUUGACCCGCCACAACGAGCAGCUGUUGCGACAGGUGCAGAUGGCGCGCAGCCGUCGUCAGGGACCGGACCAUGCCGAGACGCUCGUUUGCCGCCAGCUCUCUUCGCGUGCGCGGAUGCUCGGCGCCGAGCUGCAGGUCCGCCAGGCAAGUGGGGCGGCGGAGCGGCAGGCAGCGCUGGCGACUCAGUCUGCUGUGCUGGCAGACGAGCUCGGGGCGUGGGCUAGUGGCGUGCCAGAGAGUGAGCUGCCUGUGGACACCGAUGAACAUGUGCUGCGGCAGCAGAUUGGCGAGCUGGAAGCGGCACUCGGCGACGCGGCGUCUGACACGAAUGACGAGCCGUCGUACGCUGCGGCUGCGAUCCACAACGCGGCACUCGCAAAGCAUGUGGCGCUAUUGCACGAGCGCGCGAUGGAAGAGCAUUUGCCACAGCUCGGUGAGGCCGAAAUUGUGUUGCCAGACACCCCGCCCGCCGACGCCGGGAUGGAGCAAGUGAGCGUGGGCGUCGAGGCCAAGCUGUGCGGCUGCUUUGACAUGGAGUCUGUGAUGCGGGUUGGAGGCGAUGACGGUGACGGCGGACUGAGCAUGGAGACAGACGUCAGCUGCGAGCUACUGCCACCGGUGCCGCAGAGCGGCAUUGUGUCAACGCCGCUGAAGCAGACGCCGGGCUUGUUGCUGGUGACGAGUGAGGGCGCCGAAGGCGCGAUUGCGGGCGAGAGCGAGAGCGAAGGCGAGUUUGACAACGGUGAGCUUUCACCGGGCGAGCUGCGGAUGAUGACGACUGCACUUGAAGAGGAGAGGCGGCGAGUGGCCGAGACCAUGACGGUCUUCCAGCAGUACUUUGAGGAAGCGUCGUGUGCGCUGCUGGAGCAGGAGGAUCGCGAGCGCCAGCUCGCGCACGAGCGACUGACGGUGGCGUCGCAAGGUGUGGGCAAGAUGCAGCAGUCUGUCGACGCGCUGCUGAAGCUGCUACUGGACAUCGGAACACGAGCGGACUCGAGCGCGCAGUCAACGCUUGUCGCGGGCAUGAUGAGCACGAUUGGCAACCUCGACGACAUCAUGCCUGGAGUGGUGAACACAGUCAUUCCACCGGCGGCAGCCAUUGCCGAGGUCGAGCCGAACGACGGCGCGGCCGAGCUGCAGGCUGCUGCGCGGCUGCUGUCGGAGAAGCUGACCAAGCUCUGCGAAGAGAUCAUGGCUGUGGAGAAAGAGACGGUGAUGAGCUUGUCGCGGUCGGCCGAAGCAGGCGGUGGGGAUGCGAGCGAGGGCACUGCGCCGGUGGCGGCUCCGCUGAGGUCGACACAAACCGAGCUCGAGCUCAUCGACUCGAUCAACAUGUCCAAGGACGAGCUCGGGCUGGGCAGUGGGGAUGAGGACGGUGAAUCGUUUGUCUCGAGCGGAACCGAGAGCGAGGGCGAGCAGGCGGCCAGCGUUGGGCCGCCAGGUCUACUUGCCUCGGGCUCGUUGGUGAGCAUGCUUGCGCUGGAGGAAGCCGACGAGGGCAUGUUUGAUGCGGCUACCUCGCUCUUUGACUCGAUCAACGUGCUGCUUGUUAAGCGGUCACUGCGGCCGAUGCAGGAGCCGCGCAAGUUCCUCACCUCGGUCCGGGCGAAGCGGCGGUCGUCGAUGGUGUCGCUUACGCAGAGCCUGAUCCGAUCGCGGUCGCGGCCGCACAUGCGGCACGAGGCUCUGCGGGCGGCGCAGCCGCUGCGCAAGAUGAGCAUGCCGUACGCACUGCACCCGCGACAGUCGCCGGUGUCCCGGGACGACGCCACGCAGGUCAGAUCAACACUUGUCGGAUCGGACCCAUCGAUGGGCCGUGACAUCACGCUCGCCCGCGCGCUUGUCGAUGCGGAGCGGGCAGCUGAUGAGGCGUUCCAGGUCAGUCUCGCCGACGCCGGCCCGUCUGGUGAGGAGAUCUCCCGCUUCCCGAGCGGUGCCGGCAGUGGCACCCAGAGUGGCUCCGGGAGUGGCUCCGGGAGUGGCUCCGGGAGUGGCUCCGGGAGUGGCUCCGGGAGUGGCUCCGGGAGUGGCUCUGGGAGUGGCUCUGGGAGUGGCUCUGGGAGUGGCUCUGGUAGCGGAAGCUCCCGCGAUUCUGACGGUGGCCGGUCGGAUGAUGGCGAUCUAGAUGCAAGUCAUGGUGGCCAGUCAGAAGACAGUUCGGCCAGCGGUGGUUCGGGCGAUUACCCGGCAGCUGGCUUGGGCUCGGCAGCUGGCUCGGGCUCGGCAGCUGGCUCGGGCUCGGGCUCGGGCUCGGGCUCGGCAGCUGGCUCGGGCUCGGGCUCGGGCUCGGCAGCUGGCUCGGGCUCGGGCUCGGGCUCGGGAUCCGACGACUCCGGAUCUGAUGACAGUGGCGAUGGAGUGGCGUAA